AGAUAACUUUUCCUUCUAUAGAGUUGAAAUCCAAGUCAGAGGAGUGAGAGAAGGAGAUGCUUGAAUGGAAGAAGCAAGCUUCUGCAGCUGCAACAAGCAUAUCAAAACUUAACCGUCAAAUAAACUCUAAGGAGGGACAGAUUGAGCAACUAUUGUCUCGGAAGCAGGAUAUUGUGGAGAAGUGUGAAUUAGAACACAUAAGCCUUCCUACUAUUUCAGACCCAAUGGAAAUUGGCUCUGAGAUCCCUGGCCCAUAUUUUGAUUUUAGUGAGCUGAAUAGAUCUCUUACUCAGGACAGGAGACCUUCUGACCGAGAAAAAAUCGAGGCAGAUUUUAAGCAAAAAAUGGAUGCUAUAAUGUCAGAAAUUGAAAAAACAGCGCCAAAUUUGAAGGCUCUGGAUCAGUAUGAGGCUUUGCUAGAGAAGGAAAGAGCAGCGACCGAAGAAUUUGAAGCAGCCAGAAAGGAGGAGAAGCAAGUAGCUGAUGCUUACAAUUCAGUUAAGCAGAGAAGAUACGAGUUGUUUAUGGAAGCUUUUAACCACAUAUCAAAUAACAUUGACAAGAUAUAUAAACAACUGACAAAGAGUAACACGCAUCCACUUGGUGGUACGGCAUAUCUGAACUUAGAAAAUGAGGAUGACCCCUUCUUACAUGGCAUCAAAUACACUGCUAUGCCCCCAACAAAGCGUUUCCGUGAUAUGGAAUAGUUGUCUGGUGGGGAGAAGACU